AUGGCUCCUGUACCAAUUUCUCCUAUAAAGGUUGGCCAAAUCGACGAUGUCCAGGAGUUGAGAAGGGCCAAACUGGCAGCCAUUCCUGAGAGAUUCGUCCGGGACAUUGCUGAAAGACCAGCACUAGACACAGAGAUCACUCCAUCUUCAUCUAGCAACAUUCCCAUAAUAGAUUUCUCAAAACUCCUAAAAGGAAACAAAGAAGAAUUCGACAUUGAAAUAUUGAAGCUCUCAACUUCCUGUGAGAAGUGGGGAUUUUUUCAGGUGAUAAAUCAUGGGAUUGAUCUGGGUUUGCUUGAGAGCAUAGAGAAGGUUGCCAUAGACUUUUUCAUGCUACCUUUGGAGGAGAAACAGAAGUAUCCGAUGGCACCGGGGACUGUCCAGGGUUAUGGCCAGGCUUUUGUGUUCUCGGAGGACCAGAAGUUAGACUGGUGCAACAUGUUUGCUCUUGGAGUAGAGCCACACUUCAUAAGGAACCCAAAUCUGUGGCCAACAAAGCCAGUUGAGUUCAGGUAA